AUGUCUACCGCAGUUGCGCCCGCGACCGCUGCUCCUCCUCUGCCGACUGCUCUUGACCGAGCGUCGAGUCCGCAGCCGUAUCCCGCAUCCGCAUCUGCCUCUGCCUCUGCGUCAACGUCGACGCCGUCUCGAAUGCCCCAUGACGGACACGGGGGACAGUCGUCCCCAGAAGGGAAGAACACGCCUUCUUCGAACAACGCUCGCAAGAUCGUGGUUAAGACAGAACCCCCGUCUUCGCCCAGCAUGUCCGCCCAGAAUACUCGGCCCAGACCGCGCAAGCUGGACCUGUCCGCCAGCACACUUUCUGUCCGGGGCCCCGCUGGCCCCAUGACUGCGAGAGAAGGACGAGGAAUGCACCACGUCGGGCUCGCCUGCCUGUCUCCGGGCUUCCAGACCGACGACCCCGUCCGCCAGGAGCAGCUGCAGCGAAGCAUGACCGUCCGCGACCAGCAGCGGUCCAUCAUCGAAUCGAGACUACAAAGGUCGGCCAAAGGGGACGGCCCGGACAUGAGCAAAGCUCUCGACUCCAAUCCGUUCAGCUCGGCGCGGGGUCCCAAAAAACGACCUCCCCCAGGUCUUUCUAUCGUGCCCCCGUCCGCUGCUCAGUUUGCAAAUGAACGAGUCGUUCAGUCGGCUCCGUUGAACCAGACAUUCACCGGUCGCCAUGAUCCCCCCUCAAUGACCCGCCAUGUCCUGAACCAAACCGCCAAUCUGCCGUCUCCAUCACACAUCCAGCAUGUACCUGCAAUGCAAACAAAUAAUCGCCUUCCCCCACUCGCCGAUGUCUUUGGGUCCGACUUGUCUUCUCGGGAAAGGGAGAGAGAUCGCAGUGGCCAUCUACCGGCAGUUGGAGCCAACACCGCCCAAUCCACCAUACCGCCAUUUUCAUCGUCGCCGGGACACUCUUCCCAGCAACGACCACGCGAGUAUCGAUCGGCUGAAGAAGCUGUCCUUGAGCUGUCCGGAGGCCACGAAGAACUUAUUCCCCGAACGAUCCACUACAGUGGUCAACACCAGCCAGCUACCCCUCCUUCUCCAUACACAAAUGGAAAUUUCAGUACUGCUCCGACUGCCCAGCAGGCUCAUGUCCCACCUCCCGCCCAGGGAACUUCUCGCCGCCGCACUAGAAGCGAAUAUGAACAAGACAAUGGAAGCCCUCCUCUAGGUACCGCCCCAGAACCAAGAUAUCGAAAUGGCCCCGGCCCGGCUGUGCCGUCGUCGUCGUCGUAUGGGCCCUUUGGAGCUGGACGUGACUCUCCUGAAACGCAAAGAAAGAAGAAAGAGGAAUUCCUGCAGCUCUGCGCGCGGGCGUGGGACCUCUUUCACUCAUAA